AUGCACGACCUGCAACCCCCCGACCACGACCACCACGAAGCAAGCACCGACGUCGUCGAGCAGCUCUCCUGGGGAUUCUGCCCACCUGAGCUGCUCGAACGGAUCCUAUUCUACGUCUGUAUCCGCGCGAAUUCGAACAACGAAUCCAAGAACCGUGGUGCGAUAUUGCUCGUGAAUCGGAUAUGGUACAUCUGUGGCCUGAGAUGGGUUUACGCUCGUCCAGAGCUGCAUACGGAUAAUAUCAUCAACUUUGCGUCCACGAUAUCGAAACCGCACUCCUCUAUCGGCGAAUUGGUGCGUAGGUUGGAUUUACGGCGCAUCACGCAUGGAACGAAAAACUCCUCCAGCUCGAGGUUGAUUCGCAAGUGUUCGAGGAAUAUGGAGGCGUUUUAUGCUCCACAGCGUGGAUUGGGGUUUUCUGCGCUGAGAUCGAUUGGGUCGUGUUUGAAUCUGCGGUAUCUGGAAUUGAGUACCGUGAGCGAGACGAUCGAGCUCAAAUACCUCUGCGAAGCGAUCGAGAAGCUUGACAAAUUGGAGUCAGUCAGCCUUCCGAAACACUCCAUCUUAUCGGCUGAAACGACGGUUCGGUGGCCACCGGCAUUACAGCACAUCGGGUUAUCCGGCGGGAUCGGUGACAGGUUCUUGACGGAGCCAGAUAUACCACGAACCGUGACUUCCCUCAGCUUCACCCAUCUCCCCAACAUCACACUAGAAGGAUUCUACGGCCUCCUCGACAAAAUCGGACCACAACUAAACCGUCUUCGCGUGGAAUACCCAAUGCGUCUCCUCCCCCAAGACGGCCUCGACCUCGUUCUCCUGAAAUGCCCUCAUCUCGAAUCACUAGCUGUCUACGUCGACUACAUCUCCUCCCAGAUGUUUCGAAAUAUCCCCGAAUCGCAUCCACUCUGCAUACUAACCAUGGAGUCCUCCGGUGGAUUGUUCAGUACGAAGAUCAAGCCCGACGAUGUUACGGAUGCGAUUUUGAAUAAUUGUUUACCCAGAUUGAGGAGUUUGAGAUUUAAUAUUAAGUUGGGGUGGAGGACGGAGUCGAGUGAUGUUAAGGAUUUGGUGGAGUUGUUGGAGGAUCAGAGGGGGGAGUUGUUUCAGAGUGUGUAUUGA